CUGCGUCAAGUGGUCUUGUAGAAGAUAAUACUUGUCCUACAAAACUUGCCUGACUUUCCUGUUGAGUCAUCUGCAUUCACCAAAGCUAUGGUGAUGCUCUAUUAAAUGAGUUUUGAUAUUAUUACUGUAAGUUCUAAUCCAUUCAGGUGCUUCUCCUGCUACUGGUCACUCUCUUAAAGCCCAAAAGCUCCAAAUGAGAUCAACAGAGCAACAUGUUUGCUUCUCCUCCCUGCUGGCAACAACAGCUUGCUUCCAAAGGAGAAAUCUGAAAGUCCUCAGAAAGUGAGCUAGCUGUAUGGAUGGCUGAGCAACUGUGGACGUGAGUGGAGCCUCAGAUAAAAGACUGGAGAACCUACAAAACCUGCUGAGAACAAAGAAGCCCUGAAUCUCAGUGCAAACACUUUUGAGCUUAAGGAGCUGAAUCUGAAUGAAGUGUACUAUCUCCAGUUUCCCACAUCUCCUGGGGCAGCUGGUCAGAAACCUGGAUGGAACAUGAGGCUACCCAGCUAGAAAAGCAGCACGUGCACAGUGUGUAUGAGAAUACAGCUGCCUACUUUAGUGAUCUGCAGAGCAAAGCGUGGCCUCGUGUUCGGAACUUCCUGCUGGAACAAAAGCCUGGCAGUCUUGUUGUUGAUAUUGGCUGUGGAACUGGAAAGUAUCUCAGUGUCAACAGUCAAGUGUAUAAUCUCGGUUGUGAUUACUGUGAAGCAUUGGUAGAGAUUGCAAGGAAGAAAGAUGAUGAAGUUCUGGUGUGCGACAACCUUAACCUUCCCUUUAGGGACCAGUGCUUCAAUGCAGUCAUUUCCAUUGGAGUGAUACAUCAUUUCUCAACUAAGCAAAGAAGAAUCAAAGCAAUAAAGGAAAUGGCAAGGGUAUUGGUACCUGGAGGCCAGAUAAUGAUUUAUGUUUGGGCUAUGGAACAAAAGAAUCGUCGCUUUGAGAAACAAGAUGUAUUUGUUCCAUGGAACAAGGCCUUGUGCUCACGCCAUUUUUCAGAAUCAAAUCAAUCCGGAGAUAAGGGUGAGUUUGUGCAUACUGCAAAAGGCCAAGACAUACACCCUGCACAGCUCGUCAUCUCUGAGUGCAGCUACCAAACCAAUUUGCAGCCAGAAACUGAUUCAAAACAUUCCCACAGUAUGGGCCAUUGCUUACCCAGAGCCUGCUGCAUGAAAAUUUCUGAAGAAGAAAACAGGUUUUACAGUGCUCUGGGAAGAUCUUUCCGCUCAUGGUUUUUCUCCAGAUCCCUUGAUGAAUCAGCCCUGAGAAAGCAGUGUGAUAAAAUGAAGCACCUGAAACAGGAAGGAGUUUGGGCAAACAGUACUGACUUGAAACAUGAAGGGGUAUGGGCAAACAGUACUGUCCCCAUUCAGCAUUCACGACACUGCAGUUUGGAUUUAGGUCCUCACAGGGCACUGUUAAAAGAACAAAGUUUAGACGAUGAUGAUGUGUUCGUGGAAAGUCUGUCCCUCAAAAAACCACAGUGGUCACCAGCCACAGAUGCACUGAAGGAUUUAAGUUUAAAUGGAGGACACCAAAAUGUAGCUCAGAGCAAGGAUGACAAAGCUUCAGUUAAAAAUGGCCCAGUGGAAGACAGGGACUGCAGCUGUGGUUGUAAUAAAGAUGGUGCUGGUAAGUCUGAUGCCAGCAAGUUUUUCAAAAGAACUUCAACAACUGACUCCACUGACUCGGCUUUGGAUUCAGCAGUGUCUGUAGGGGACCAAACUGAUGCCAUGUUGGAUACAAAGGCCUUCAUGCGUUAUUACCACGUUUUUCGGGAAGGGGAGCUGUGUUCUCUGGUAGAAGAGAACGUGCCUGAGCUUCAGAUACUUUCUUCCUGCUAUGACCAUGGAAACUGGUGCAUUAUUGCAGAGAGAAGAGGAACAUAGCUGUAAACAGAACAAAGCAGAAUCCAGUGACUGAGGAUUUUAAGCUGCUGCUUGUUUUACUGUGAUUGUGCAGUGUGACAUGGAAUUUGAAUCUUGUUGUUGUGUGCCAUUUAUUUCUGAUUUAUUAUCUCUCUGACUAUUUAACUAGAUAAUACAAGGUCUGUAUAUAGGAAUAUAAGUGGCAAAAAAUAUUUAUGUUUUGUUAAACUUUUAUGAAAUUAAAACGGGAGAGUUUUAUAUUGCUUUUAGCAAAUAAUUGUGUUUUAAAAUAUACUUUUCUAUUGAGAAAUAAAACCUUUUUAUAAGACAA